UUGUAUAAGGUUUUCAAAUUGUUUGUUUCAUUAGACAAGAUACUAUACACUACUUUUUGUACUGAUUAAGAUUCUUGUUUUGUUGUAGUAAGAUAAGAUGGAGUAUCCAAUUCGACUAAGGAUAAAUAAACUGCUGGGUGUGUUCUUUCCAUUUACUCUUACUUUCCCUUUUAUUUGAAUUUGUAUAUGUUUGAGAUUUAUAAGUAUUAAACUAAUCCUCAUAAAAUCCUUUCUUAAUAUAAUAUACAAACACAAGCACACACGUCUGUUGAUGAUGAAUUAUUUACAUGUUAACCCUCAUUUUUCUAGCUAAACAAACAACUCUUCUCUCUUUUAAAAAGAGAAAAAGUGGCUAGAAUGAUUUGUUCCAUUAUAUUCUUAAUGUCUUGACCAUUCAACCACACGCAAGCAAAACAGAAAAGAAAAGCUGGGAAAAUCUGAGAAAAGUUGAGACAAAGAAUAAAAUAGCAACAGAAAGCUAUAAAGGGUGUGGCUAUACUUAUUUAUUAUAGAUGAAUGAGCAAUAUUGUUCAUUUUUAAGGCCACUGAUGGAGUUGAAUAAAGACCUGAAAUGUCUGAUUGAGAGAGCUUGGGCUAUAAAUGGUAAGUUCGACUGUGAAAUCGAGCAGAGUAUUAAGCUCUGCAAGUUUUGCUCAGAGCAUGGUCGUUUGUGCGAUGUUGCAGAUCAGAUCCCAGUUGAGGAGAGGCAGAGCUUGAUUGCCAUAAGAGAUUCGUUGAAGCAAGUUGAGAACAUCCUUUUGUUUCAACAGAAGCUGCUGUGUUGGCAAGAGAGAGAGAAAAAUGAAGCUGUAAUUCGUUUGAAAGAAAGCAGAACAGCUUUAAUGGAGUUGGUGAGGAGUUAUGAAGCGAAGGCACCAGAUGUGUUGAGAGAAUUAAAUGUAUGUUUUAGUGAUGAAGAUGUUGUAGUUCUUCACAGCUUUAAAGAUUGUGAACCCAACAAGAAAUGGUGGAAGCACUACUGGCCCAAACCUUUUGGUUUUGCGAUGAAGUGUUUGAUGUUCUCGGCUACCAUAUCAUAUAUGAUUCGUUUUAAUCACAAUAGCAGUUCCAGAUCAAAAAUUCCUUCAUUUUUGGGUUCAACACAAGCUCAAGUGUCCAGGACCAAAACUCCUCUGGCUCCUUUGAAUGUCUUCCAUGCCAGGGGUUGAGUACUGUUUAGUUUUUUCUAGAAAUAUUGCUCCCUGAAACAAUUUUUUUCUUUUUUCUUUUUAAAUAGGAAGAAUGAAUCGAAUUCGUCGAAUGAAUUAUAAGGAAUGUAAUUUUAUUUUUCAUCA